CAUGGAUUUAUGAUGCGGCGAUCCGCCAAUCCUAAAUCCAGCAGCGCGAUCGCGGGCGCGGCGAGCACAGCGCAAUCGCUCAAGGCGGAUUUCCUCAGCCGCAUCGCAAAGUGGGCGUCGGCCGCGGUUCCUCCUCUCGGCGCUCUCUGGGGCCAUCGAUUGGCAGCGUCGUGCGAGAAAACGGGCGCUUCGAUCAAGAACCAGGUCCAGUGCCAAAGGUGUGAGACGAUCAUCGCCAGCAGUGACGAGCUCUCCGCCGCCAAAAAAGCUGGUUUCCGGAUUUGCAGCUACUGCGGUCACCACAACACACUCAAGAAAUCCAAGCCGAGCUCCAACCCCGCUACCCCGGAUCAGCAAACUUCUACCGCGAAGAAGAGGAAGAGGAAAAGCUGGUCGACGCUCAAGGACGUCGCGGCCACGCAGGGACAAAAGGUGAUACGCUCCGCUGCCAAAUCCUCGCCGAGGAGCGAAAAGGUCGCCAAGAAAAAGAGCAGGAUGUCUUCUCCGAGCGUUGCUGUGACUCCGAUUCCUGCAGAGGACGAGAAGAGAAGCAAUGGAGACUCAAAUCUUGUGGAGUACAGGGUGGUGGUGACGGAUCACGAGAAUGAUGGCAAUGGUGGCGAGGCCGACUUUAAGCUCUCGGCUCUCAGGAAGGUGGUCGAGUUUGAUUCCAGUAUGUGCGAGACUCAAGAAGUUAUUGCCGAGUCCGGCCACGUGAAGGUGCUGUGCGUGGAGAACGUUGCUGCCGAGCUUGGCGAAGCUGUGAUCACGACGGUAGAGCAACAGGAAACAAAUCCAGAUGAGAAGGGAAAAGAUCGUGAAGUAGUCGAGUCCAGAGUGACGACUGCUGAGCUUGUGGAGGUGGACAUGGUUACUGAGGCGGAGAUGAGUGCUCCAAUGGAUACUGAGGCCGAGGUGAUUGCUCCAAUGGAUACUGAGGCCGAGGUGGCCGCAAAGGACGCAAGCGAGAACGAGUUACCACCUUCGAAAGAAAAGGAGUUCCUUGUUUCAGUGGAACUGGUCUCUGCCAAGAACCAAGUGGAAGUGGACUCUAUAGCACCUGUUGUGGAACCUCAGCUUGUCCCGAAUCAAAUGGAGGGCAGUGAGCUUCUUCCAAGAGAAGUCGAGAUGCCUGCCUCAACGGACGCUGUGAAGGAUUUGGAUUUGAACAGCAAACCUGAGACGCUGGACGAGCUUCCCUCGCAGACAGAACUAGCCUCACAGACUGCUGGCUCGGAACUGGUUCCAGAGAAGGAGGAGCUGCCAGCUUCAGAGCAACUUGACAACUCUUCUUUAGAGCAGAAGGACCUUGAGGUGCCAGCUGAAGAAACUGAGCUGCCACAACGGGAAGAAGAAGACGAGCUGCCAGUUUCUGAAAACGCUGAAGAGAAGUCUACGAUGGAGGAGCUUGAACCAGAGAAACCUGAAAACACGACUGCGGAGAAUCCUGGAAACUCUACUACCAUGGAAGAGGAAAUGCGUGCUUCCGUACAAGAGGAACCUGACCUUCAUACUUCGAUGGAAGCUGAAGUGCCAUCUGAGCGUGCUACUCCCAUUGAACCUGAACGGCCGGACGACAUAGCGAUGGCAGCACCUGAGACUGCAUUUGACAGCUCGCAUCGACGUGAUCCUGCCAAGAUGAAGAGACGAUUUGUGCGUCAACGUGAUCCUGCUGGUGCCUUGAAGAGCAUUGUCCGCUCGUAUUCCCACGCGAGGACCGUUCGAACGGCAUGCCAUGACGCACACUUGGGUGCUAUCAAGCGACAAUGCAAGGCUCUGCUUGCUCGUAGCAAGAAGGAGAAGGAGAAAGCUGCAUCAGAGAAGAAGCGUGCUGACGAACUCUUGUUAGCUCUCAAACUUUAUAAAUCCGCGCGGAAACCUCAACGCGGCCAUGUAGCUAAGUUGGAGGGCAGCUUGCCGGAACUGAGGAGCGAGAUGAACAAAGUUUCGGACGAGGUGAGCACGCUGUCUGGCACAGUGACGCAUCUCAUCGCGGCAGUGGAAGAACUCAGAUCGAAAAUCGCUGCUGAGAAGAAUGCGUCUCCUCACGAAGCACACGAUCGAGACGUCGAGCAGCAAGACACGGCGGCGGCAAGCUGGGAGGAAGAUGGCGUGAAACCUCCCGAGAGAUUGGAAGCUAUUGAUGCUGGGAACAAGGACGACAAAAAGAAUCCCGGAGAUGGCGACAAGAUCUCCCAGAGGCUUGGAGUUUCAGGGCUCUCGCGAAAGAUUUGCAAGAAGAACCUGAGGACCAUCUCGCCAAGCUUACGUCUCAAAGGCAACGUCACGCUCACGAAGAUUGGUAGACGAUGGAAGAUUGGCUCCCAUUGAUUGAUCCAAGCAAGAGUUUUUUUGUUGUAUAUAAUAAGCAUUAAGGUGAAGCGUUGCUAUAUUAAUCGAUGUUAGGUUAACUAA